CUUCAAGAUGGGGAGAAGCCCCACAAGUGCUUGGAGUGUGGGAAGAGCUUCAGACAGAGCAGCACUCUGAUCAGCCACCAGAUGAUCCACACUGGGGAAUGGCCCUACGAGUGUGGGGAGUGUGGGAAGGGCUUCAGCUCCAGCCCUGCCCUCGUCACCCACCAACGCAUCCACACUGGGGAGAGGCCCUAUGAAUGUCCCCGGUGUCAGAAGAGGUUUCAGACCAGCUCUGAUCUCCUCCUGCACCAGCGCAUUCACACAGAGGAGAGGCCCUUCCGCUGCCCCGACUGUGGGAAGGGCUUCAAGCGCAACUUCACCCUCAUCACCCACCGGCGUAUCCACACGGGGGAGAGGCCCUACGAGUGUUCCCAGUGUGGGAAGAACUUCACCCAGAUUUCUGUCUUAACCAGACACCAACAGAGGCACCUGUAAGGGAAAGCCUGGCAAUGCCCCAAUGCAAGAGGACUUUUGUGCACUGCCCCAACUUCAUCCAUAAUUGGAGGAUCCAUGUUGGGAAGAGCCUUGCUAAUCCAUGUUCCCCAUGAUCCAUGCUAGGAAGACACCUGUCCC